AUGGUUAAAUUGGAGACCGAGAAUGAAAGCUACACUUAUAUUCAGUCAUCAGAGUGUGUGACAACAAAGCGGUGCAGAACUCGAUUCAAUUUAUGGCAAAUUCAAAGACUCGAACAAGUCUUUCACGAAACCCAUUAUCCGGACGCACAACAAAUGCAUGGCUUAGCACAAGAGACCAGUAUUCCGACGCCUAAAAUGCAGAUAUGGUUUCAAAACCGAAGAGCGAAAUGGAGAAAAAAUUCUCGACUUAAAAAUUUUGGUGGACUCGCGUCCGUACGGGAGACCGCUUACGUUCCGGCGCCGCAUACCGACGAUACACACCAAUCAUUAUCAUUGGAUACAAAUUUGCAAAACUAUAGUCAAAACGAUAUUCAAAUUAAAUCCGACGAAAACAAUGCCAUCGAUUUGAGAAUCAGAUCUCUUGAGAGUGAGUGCGAGAAUCUGUCGUCGCAUUCAAUGUUUGAUUCAAACGUUUACAAGAAAUGUGCGGGAAUUACAAGAUCGUCGUUUGGAUGCGAUGAUAGGGAAUCGCUGUGUUUGAUUUUCCUCAUCAAUGGAUUGGAAGCCAACAAAACUGUGGAUACAAUUGUCGACAGAAGCGUAGCUUUGAGUUCGGAAAUCAACUAA